CUCAUCUGUCACUGCCAAUCAUGUGCUGGUUUUCUUGUAAAUUUAAUUCCAUUUAUACGCAAAUUUCGCUGACAGGAUUACAUGCAUGGGAGGAAAUUAGCACUACGCCGUACGUCCAAAUAUCUAAACCUCAGAGCUGGAAAAAUCAUUUAUAUUGUUCAACUCCGACAGAGCAGUACACGUACACCACUUAAAAUGUUCUCAUCUGUCACUGACAAUCAUGCGCUGGUUUUCUUGUAAAUUUAAUUCCAUUUAUACGCAAAUUUCGCUGUCAGGAUUACAUGCAUGGGAGGAAAUUAUUCUAUUACUAUACAUACUUUCAUUAUUAUUAAUGUAAUUAAACUAAGAACGAGGCUAUGUUUCUGCAAUUAAUUAAGAAAUUAAUACCAUAAAUUAAUUUAUAAUUUCUGCAGUAAUCUGUAUCCGGCUCUUCCCUCCUCUGAUGCCCGCGCGGGAUGCAUGCGGUCUACUCAUGCCAAAAGUACCUUAAGUAGAUGCUCUUACAUAUAUAUACAUCUCGGGAGAAGCAGGAAAUAACGUGGUUGGGGUGGGUGCUCUGAUAAAUAGCCAAUAGGGGACUCGGUUGUUCCUAGAGCCAACGUCUUAACAAUGGCCACAAGGGGAUUGGUGCUCUAUCUCCUAUCGGGUUUCUCUGUGGCUAUUCUCUCGGUUCUAUUCGUCAGCCAUCCGAAUUAUAAUAACUCGUACCAAAACGGGUUGACAUCUACAAACCUCGCUCUACCGCACUCCCCGGAUGGAUCCAUAACCAAAACUGUUUGGCCCGAAUUAGAGUUCAGCUGGAGAAUUGUGUUGGCGACGGUGAUAGGAUUUCUGGGAUCGGCUUGUGGAACUGUUGGUGGGGUGGGAGGGGGAGGCAUUUUUGUUCCUAUGCUUACUUUGAUCGUUGGGUUCGAUACCAAGUCUGCUGCUGCGCUUUCUAAAUGUAUGAUAAUGGGGGCAUCGGCAUCAUCAGUCUGGUACAAUCUAAGAGUUCUACAUCCAACAAAGGAAGUGCCAAUCAUAGAUUACGACCUUGCUCUUCUCUUCCAGCCCAUGCUCAUGCUUGGCAUCACUAUUGGUGUCGCGCUUAGCGUCAUCUUCCCCUACUGGCUCAUUACUGUCCUCAUCAUUUUUCUCUUCUUGGGAACCUCAUCAAGAUCUUUCUUCAAGGGAAUUGAGAUGUGGAAGGAAGAGACUGUUUUGAAGAAAGAAAUAGCCAAUAGACAAGAAACUGUGGUCAACUCUCGUGCUGAACUUCUGAUAGACACCCAGUAUGAGCCAUUGGUUCCUAGAGAAGACAAAACUCAAGUGCAAAUAUUAUGCCUCAACCUCAGGUGGAAAAGGAUUUUGGUACUACUAUUUGUCUGGGUAUAUUUCCUAGCCUUGCAGAUCAUCAAGAAUGAUGUAGCGGUUUGCAGUGCAUGGUAUUGGGUGCUCUUCUUCUUACAGUUUCCCAUAGCACUCGGAGUGUUUGGGUAUGAAGCAGUCAAGCUGUACAGAGAACACAAGAAGAGGAAGAGGACGGGUAAUGCUGAAUCAAUUUGCGAGGCUUCCAUCGAAUGGACUGCAAUGCACAUUGCCUUCUGCUCGCUCUGUGGGAUCUUGGGAGGCACUGUUGGGGGUCUGCUUGGUUCUGGUGGUGGAUUCAUUCUAGGUCCGCUACUCCUUGAGAUUGGUGUCAUCCCCCAGGUGGCAAGUGCAACAGCAACAUUUGUCAUGACGUUCUCUUCAUCCUUGUCAGUGGUGGAGUUUUACCUUCUCAAGAGGUUCCCUAUUCCCUAUGCUCUAUACCUCACGUCGGUGUCUGUUUUAGCUGGCUUUUGGGGACAGUUCUUCAUAAGAAAACUAAUCACAAUUCUUGGAAGAGCAUCAAUUAUUAUAUUCAUUCUCUCUGGCGUCAUCUUUCUUAGCGCUCUCACAAUGGAAAUUCCGCAGGGAUCAUUGGUAUUGAGACUAGCAUCCAAAUGAUACGCAAUCACGAGUUCAUGGGAUUUUUAGGGUUCUGUAGCAGUCAGUGAUCUCUAGCAAGGCUUAGAGAUGGAUGGUAACGAAAAGUGGUAGAAACAGAGGUGGAAGUUACAUGGAGAAGCUAGUAGCGGAGGAGCCUUGGCCAAUACCUAGUUGACCCACCCUCUCCUCCAAAAAUAAAAAAACAAAAAUCAUAGAAUCUGCAAUGAUCAAGAGUAAAGGUUUGGUUUUCAUGUGUGGAUCAGGGAGUUGGGUGUGUUACCUACAUGCCUCCCCCUAUUAAAUUAUAUAUCUUCAGACAUUGCAUUUAGAAUUAUAUGUAUGUUUAAUUUUACGUCGCAAAUUUAGUCAGUUAUUCGAACUUUAUCCACAAAAUUUAUGAUAAAAUAUUUCAUUCCA